UCUACACUCUCUACUCCAACCGUACAAGAAAAUGUGUUACAGUUCUUGCAAACUUGGUCUGUUACCGUGACGAGUACUUGGCUCUAGCCAACAGCACAUUUACGAACUGGACCAUCACAUCCCUGUCUCCAGACCGAUGCAGUAGUCCGCCAAUCGAGUCGGAAACAAUCAAUGACAUCGAUUCCAGCAUAACCGCACCGUUCAUGGCCUGGGAUACCUUCUUAUGUUCCCCUAACACCUGUAAUAUUGCCAAUGCCCGUCACAAUGCCAGCCAAUUUCAUUCCAAGAUUAGUGGACAUUUCCAAGGCGCUCGCAUCGCCCGGUAAUGUUAAUAUCAUUGGGGUCGUGGUCGAUGUGAUGCCGGGCGUCUGGAAGUCCAGGGGCUCGUCUACCUGUGUCACCUUUACGGUCAAGGACUCGAACCUGGAGAAUGGCCAUACAUGGGACGGGCUAAAGGUCAAAUACUUCAGGGACAAUGAGAAUAGUCUGCCACCCGUUCAAGUGCAUGAUGUGAUACUCCUGCGCAACUUAUGGGUGCGGUCGUUACAAGGUGGGACUGUAGGAGUGGCCGCGCAGGACAAGGACAUCCCAUGGGCCAUUUUCCGUCCAGACCCAGAUCCAGUUGCCAGGUCUUCGCCCAUCUGUGGACCACAACCCUUUGAGCCUGACAACGUCGAGAGAAGGAAGGCCCUAUACUUGCUGGACAAGAUUACCAGCAUCCAUGACUUUCGCAAGGCUGCAGUGGCAUCCCGCCCUCCGCCUCCCUACGUGGUUCAAACCUCUGCUCCAAACUCCAGGUCAUACAACCGCAAGAAGUUCUCGCUCAUCAAAGACAUUCAAGAGCAGACCUUUGUUGACUUGGUCGGGGAAGUGAUCAAAAUGUACCCUAAUGACAGUGAAAAGGUCUUGCUCUACCUCACGGAUUAUACAGCCAACAAGGAUCUGCACGAUUACUCACCUGAUCAAGGGGAGGGAAACGAUGGCUGUGAAGGGGACACCUUCGGCUACCAGAGGCGAUUCCGGAGAAAAUGGACAGGGCCGGCUGGGCAGUUGUCGCUUCCGGUCACGUUAUGGGAGCCACACGCAAGCUACGCCCGCCAGUUCGUCAAAGAGAACGAUGUCAUUCUGGUUUACAACGUGCACAUCAGAAAGAGUCGAAUCAACGGAGGGUUGGAAGCAGUUGUUCAUACCAAUAAGACCCACCCCCUUUCGGCGAACGUGCUAGUCGUACAAGCUCACAAGGAUGUUCGGGCCCAGCAGCUGAUCGAACGGAAAACAGAAUACUGGGAAUCGAAUUCUCGAAAACGAAAGCCAUCUGACGAAGACAAGUCAAAGGCUCCCAAGAAAUCCAAAGUAAAAGCACGGAAGAAAGAAAAGCCCGAGGAAAGCCAAAAGCCUCUGUCACCCCCUGUCACCAACCGCAGUCGCUAUGAAGCAAACCCAACCGUGCGCGCAGGCAACCCAUCAGUACCUAUUCGAAGUCUCGAAGCCAUUGUCGCCUCUGAAGAACAUACCAACUUGUCACCAGACAAUAUCGAAUACCGCUUCCCGUUUCAGAACUUUUGUUACCGGUCGAAAGUUCGCGUGGUCGAUUAUUUUCCUCCUAGACUGGAAGACUUUUCGGUCCCAGUAGGUCCAGCUCCAGCGAACGAAGAGAGUGACAGAGAAGAAGAUAGCAGCUUCACGACAUGGGAAUGGCGCUUCUGCCUCCUAGUCGAAAGCGUGCCUCCACCCCCACCCGGACAGCCAAAGCAACAAGUCAGAUUGUUUGUAUCUGGUCCUGACGCUGUGUAUCUCCAUGGCCUCGAUGCAGUUGACUUAAGAAAGAACUCGGCCGAUCUUUCGGACCUGCGAGAAAAGCUGUUCCAUCUUUGGGGAAAUCUAGAAGAGCUCAAACAAGCAGCCACGAAGGAAGGAAAUGGAACACCUCCUAACCUGGGUGCGUUAUCUCAGCAACCGUUUAAUUGCUGCAUCAAGGAAUACGGUGUCACGUGCAGGCAUCGCGUCCACACGCUCGACAGUGAUGAUGACACCGAGUGUACCCAUGAGGAUUGUUUUGGGUGGGAGAAGCGAUUUGCGAUGUUCAUGACCACGAUCGAAGCUUGAAGGGUCUUAAUCGGUGUGUUUUUAUAUAUUGGCAUUGAUAGUACCGUUUAGUGUAAUAUCUUGGAGGCCAUUUUGAGCUACACUCGG